CGGCUCCGGUCCCACCGCCAAACAGGAUCUCCUCAAACUGAGUCAAGUUUCCUGGAGAGGCCUGAGACAGGAGGAGGGAGUCAGAUGGACAACAGUCAAAAGACGAUCCUUUCUUUUAUUGGUUCAUCUAGACGUGCAAAAACAGCAGAAACCCCUCUGCCCACCUAUGAAUUUAGAUAAAUCAGUUCAGCCUCACCUAGCAUAUCUCCUCACAUCCUGCAAACUAAUGGAUACACGAAGCACCCUGGAUCCUCAAAAAACUGUUUGACCAAUGAUGCGCACGCGGCGCUGGAGUUUCGGCUUUAUAAACUCGGUGAGCACCGGGAGCAGGGUUACCAGACCUGCAGAGGAUCUCGUCUGUGCACCUCUUCCUCCAGAGUCAGAAAACGCUCCGACAUGAACGGCCACUGCAACGCAAAGGUCAACGACACCGCGGAGGAUUUCCACCUCACCAAGGGCUUCAGCGACCUCAUCAUAGACAGCAAAAGCAAGUCCGCAGUGCGUCGCAAGCACGAGACGUCCCGCAAAGAGGAUGAGGACAACUCCCGCUUACCUGCGCUCGAGGCUGCCUACACGAGCAUCCUGCGGGAGCUCGGAGAGGACACGGACCGGCAGGGGCUGUUACGCACGCCGCUGCGCGCCGCCAAAGCCAUGCAGUUCCUCACCAAGGGCUACCACGAGACCAUCGACGACAUCCUAAAUAACGCCAUAUUUGAUGAAGACCAUGAUGAGAUGGUGAUUGUGAAGAACAUUGACAUGUUUUCGCUGUGUGAACAUCACCUGGUGCCCUUUUUUGGCAAGGUUCACAUCGGGUAUAUUCCCAACAAAAAAGUGGUGGGACUGAGCAAGCUGGCAAGGAUUGUGGAGAUUUUCAGCCGGAGGCUUCAAGUUCAAGAGCGUCUGACCAAGCAGAUUGCAAUGGGAAUAUUAGAGGCUCUGCAGCCAAAAGGUGUAGCUGUGGUUAUUGAAGCAGCGCACAUGUGCAUGGUCAUGCGUGGUGUCCAGAAGAUGAACAGUCGCACAGUGACGAGCACUAUGCUGGGAAUUUACCUGGAGGAUCCCAAAACCCGGGAGGAGUUCCUGACUCUUUCACAGAAUGACUAACACACGUCGGUCGCUCCUCAGGCUUCGGUACACAGUAGCACAUGAAAGCUCCAGAGUAACAUUUGAUCCGCGUCUGACUUGUAACAAAACGUACAAACCAACAGCAGGAAACAUGAAGCUGCUGUUUGACGCAGGAUCCGAGCCAACUCUAGAGCUCAAACCUCAGUACACUGAAGCCUGAUAGAUUUCAGUCCUGCUGCAGAAAUCCAUCACUGUGAACUUUAUAGGAAAUAGAAGCCUCAUAUUCUUGGUGCCUUCGGUAGAUAUUUUUCGGUUUUAUACUGCAAUAUUAUUGUUAUAAAGUAAACCUAAUGAUGUUUUAACAUGCUAGUGCUUUUAAUGAUAAGUUUUUCCCUUUUUUUUCUUUCAUGGGAAUUUCAU